AUGGGUAAAAGAGUAUUAAUUGUGGGACUUUGUUGUUUGGAUGUUGUAAGCUAUUUAGAUAAUUUUCCUGUUGAGGAUAGUGAUAAUCGUGUUUUUGAUUCGAGAAUUUGUUUAGGUGGAAAUGCUACAAAUUCAACAUUAGUUUUUAAUCAAUUGUCAAGAAAACGUAAUGAUAUUAAUUGCGAAUUAUUUGCUGCUCUUCCAAAUAAUAAUAAACUUGUUGACGAAUUAAUUGAAAAAUCGGGUAUAAAUACUGGAAAAAGUAUUAGACGUGUUAAUUCUGAAUGCCCAUUAUCUACAGUUAUUAUAAAUAGUAAAAAUAAUGGUAGCCGAACUAUUUUACAUUAUAGAGGAAAUUUAGAAGAAAUAACUUUUGAAGAGUUUUAUAAUGCUUUUGGGCAAGAAAUAAAGGAUGGUAAACUAGAUUGGAUACAUUUUGAAGGUAGAAAUUUUAAUCAAGUAAAGAAAAUGAUGGAAUUCACGAAAAAUGAACGUUUAAAAAAUCGUCCAUUUAUUUCUGUCGAAUUAGAAAAAGUACGUCCAUUUCCCUGUCUUGAACAAUUAAUUGAGCCGUCAGAUUUAAUUUUUGUUUCAAAAGAUUUUGCACAAUUUAAAGGCUGGAAUGAUAUGGAGGCCACAAUUAAUGGAAUUCAACAAGAAAUGGGAGAAUCUUCAAAAAUAGUGUUUUGUGCUUGGGGAGAAAAAGUUUUUGCUGGUGCAGCAGUUAGAGAAUCAUUUACUAAUAAAUCUUCAAUUAAUAUUCCUCCUCCAAAAUUAUAUAUUCAACCAAUAUUUCCAUCAUUACCCCCAAUAAUAGAUACUUUAGGGGCUGGCGAUUGUUUUAUAGGAACAGCUUUAUUUAAUUUAUGCCAAAAUAAUAAAUCUUUAAAAGAAGUUUUGGCUGAAUCUGUCAGAAUUGCAGGAAUUAAAUGUACACGUAAAGGGCUCUUAAAUUUGGAUGAUUUGGCUGAAUAA